ACAUCAUAAUAAUUUAUGCUACAGUAGUGAUACUUGGUGUGGUUCUUUUACGUCAUCACUUCCUUGAAAUGCAACCUUCUGCAGCCUUGAAUCUGUAUCAUUGUGAAGAUGUGCGUGUAUGAAAUGCAGCAGAAAUUGGUGACUUGUUAUGAUAACGAAGGGCAGAAUAAAGAGGAACACGUAUUUUGCUGUUUGGCUGUCACAGACAUACUUGUGGGAUAUAGGUCUGAUCUUGCAAAAUUAAAUGGAAAUUCUGCUUUUGCAAUUUCACUGUCAGCGCUAGAGAGUUGGUCAACCCAGUGACCUGCUCCAGAGCAAGUGAGAAACCAACAAUUUCUCCUUGAGACCAACUAAGAAAGGAAGAGAAAAUGCCAACUGUCAACAGUACAAACUGCAGCCAUUCUUCUGAAUUUCAAUAUUCUCUUUAUUCUACAACUUUCAUCAUUAUCUUCGUACUCGGUCUGCUAACCAACAGCAUUGCAUUAUGGGUUUUAUGCAGCUAUAUAAACAAGAAGAACAAGGCAAUCAUUUUCAUGAUAAAUUUGGCAAUUGCCGAUCUUGCACACGUUUUGUCAUUGCCUCUACGAAUUCAUUACUAUAUAAACCACACGUGGCCAUUCGGAAGGUUCAUGUGCUUGCUGUGUUUCUACCUGAAAUAUCUCAAUAUGUAUGCAAGCAUAGUCUUUCUAAUGGCCAUCAGUGUCCAGCGCUAUGUCUUUACAAUAAAUCCUUUUAAAGCCAAAGACUGGAAACGCCGUUAUGAUGUUGCCAUCAGUGCGGUUAUAUGGAUAGUUGUUGGUGGUGCAUGCCUGCCCUUUCCACUGCUAAGAAAUUCUGGAUCAAGCAACAAAAAUGACACCUGCUUUGCUGAUCUUGGACUCAGAAAAACAAAUAAGGAAAGCAUGAUGGCCAUGCUAGCUAUUGCUGAGAUGGCUGGAUUCAUUGUACCAAUGGCAGUCAUUAUAUACUGUACACUGAAAACGAAAACACAGCUUAAAAGUGAAGGCCUGCAAUGCCAUAAUAUCAUCGAAAAGCGCAAGGCCCUUAGAAUGGUUACAACAUGUGCUGUUGUAUUUUUCAUCUGCUUUGCACCAUACCAUAUUAACUUCUUCUUUUAUAUCAUGAUCCAAUCUAAAGUCAUAGAACAUUGUGGAGUCUAUAAAUUUGUUAUGACUUUACAUCCUUACACCCUCUGCCUUGCAAGUAUUAAUUGUUGUUUAGACCCAAUCCUGUACUUUUUUACUGCAAAAGAGUUCCAGAAUGAAGUUGCAAAGCAUGGAUCAACAGUUAUGCGUGGGCGCCUCAUGAGUCGCGAGAGUAGCUCGUUUGUAAAGGAAUAAAGGAAUGAGAACAAUCUGCAAAUGCUUAUUGCUUGGAGAAGUGCAUGAAAUGGUACAAACACAUACAUUACUGGAAAACAUUGUAUAAUGGAAUAUUUCAAUUCUAAUACAAAGGCACUAAGAGCCAUUUAGGUCAUCGAGAAAAACAAAAUGAAAUAUGGCAACUAUGACGCAGCUUAGCAUGCCACCUAUAAAUUAUAGAUGUUAUUAUAAUUAUUUUUAUUAUUAUUGUGGACAGGAAAAGAAGCAGAACAGAGGAGACAGGAAAGACUCCAAUGCUAAAUUAUGAGUAUAGCUUGUGGCAUGAUAAGAGGAGGAUUAACCACAGUUAGGUGCAAGGCCAAGAAUACCUGUGUCUGAAUGAUGAAAACAUUCCAUGGAGGGUAACUGACAUAAACUGACUUUUUAUUAAACCUGUAAAUAUGGAUUUAUGUAAAUUGGUGUUCAUUUGCAAUACAUGUUUUUAUAUUUUUCACAUUAAUUAAUACACAUUUAUAUCCACUAUAGUAUUGCAGGUUUUGGCUUCCCUUGAAAGGUUUUGUGGUUAAGGAGGAUAUGUUGGUUUGGUGACUUCUCAGAGCAAUUUCCGGUUGUUUUCAAUAAAGGCUUUUCCUGUUCUGCCUUGUAUUAUUUUGAGGCACUUACCUACAUAUUAUACCCCCUUAGCUCACUAUUAAUCCUUUAUAAGCACUGUAGCAAAUACCCUUACACACAGUAAUGUGAGCCAGUGAGAGGCAGAGUUUCUGAAGCUCACUUGUAGGAUAUUCUAGUUCUAAAUUGAUCAUGCACCCAGUGAUAGGGUCAUUGGCCACCCUGAUCUACCAGAAGAACUCAUGAACUUGUGUAGUUCCAAAUCAAAGUUUCAACAUUUAGAACAUUUGAUUAGCGGCCCCAGAUAUGAACCAGCUUGUUGGUUACUCUGAUUCUUUCAAUUGCUUUGAAAGCAAUGAAAAACAAUUUACAAUGAUUCCUAGGUUAAUAUUAAAUCAAUACCUUUGUCAGCUUUUGUAAUUAUGACUGUGAUAUUGUUUGCAAAGGUAGCAGUGACAUAUAAAUGUCAUUGUCUAUAUAAAUUUCACAUCGCCUUUUUCCAAGCCGCAAAACUUUUUUUUUUUUUUACAAUACACUGGAGUUUAUGGGUGUUUUUUCAAAGCGAAACCUGGCAAAAAAUGUUGCUCACCACUAGUCAGUUCCCAUUUUGAACAACUGCAGUUGCAAAAAGUAUGGCAGACAUGCUCACAGUUAACACCUUACAAUGAAAACAUGUUUUUAAUGCCAUACCUAUGGUGAUUAUUGUCAGUCUCAAUAAAAGCAAGCUGAACAUAACAACAAUCAUUGCUACCAAGCUGUUUUCUUUUACUGAAAAAUCAGAAGGAAGGUUAAAAAAUACAUGUUUUUCCAUGGUUUUAAUGGAAUGAUAAUAAAUACAUGUUUUUACUGAAUGUGCUGCCCAGUGCUCCACUCCUUGUUCUAUUUUUCUAAUUGGAUUUUUGCCCUGUCGGGGGUGUGGGGGAGCGUGGUAGCACGGUGGAGCACACUACAGCUAGCUAUCCUGGUGAGUGCUCCCCUUAUCUUUGCUUGUGGCCUAAAAAAUACAAGGACUGCAUUAAAACUAUGAAAACUUAUUCUACUGUAACCCUUAGAUUCUUUAAGAUACCUUAUGGCGAUGACUUUUGUUUGUCAUUUUUCUCACCUUAAUCUUCAUGUGAUGCACAAGACCAACUAAAGAAAGCAAACAAUCAUUCUUUAGGACUUAUUAUUAUGCUCCGAAAUGUUUUCUUCAGAGAUACCUUAACUUCUUUGUUCCUCAAGGUAUAGAUAAUGGGAUUAAGGAAAGGGACCACGAUCGAUGGGAAGACUGAGAGUAUUUUAUUUACAUGUAAGAAAUCACCAGUAUUGGACCUUAAGAA